AUGAGAGGUGAGUUUAAUGGUUUACAAAGAAAGGUUCUAGAUGAAAACCCUUAUGCUUUCUAUGUCCAUUGUUAUGCUCACCGUUUGCAAUUAGUGGUUGUGUCCGUUGCUAGUAGUUGCUCAUCUAUUCAUGAUUUCUUUGAGUACAUAUCCUUGAUUGUAACCACAACAAGUGCAUCUUGCAAGAGAAAGGAUGCCUUGAAGGAGUCACAACACCAAGAUAUUUUGAAUAAACUUGAGAGUGGUGAGAUAUCUCAAGGAAAGGGCUUGCACCAAUUAUCUAGUCUCGCUAGACCCGGAGGUACUAGAUGGGGUUCACAUUAUACUACAUUGAUUCGUUUGGAUCAGAUGUGGUCCUCCGUGUUAGAGGUGCUUAGUAUUGUUGAUGAAGAUGGACGUGGAACAUCUCAAGCGGCGGGUUUGAUAGAAAAAAUGGAGAGCUUUAAAUUUGCUUUCAUUUUGAAACUCAUGUUAAAGUUGUUUGGUAUCACUAAUGACCUUUCAAAAAUUUUGCAAAUAAAAGAUCUUAAUAUUGUGCUUGCUAUGGAAUUAGUUGAUGAUGUUAAAGCUCGAUUGGCUAUAUUGAGAGAGAGUGAUUGGAAUGAUUUAUUUAGUGAUGUCCAAGAAUUUUGUUUUGCUCAAAGUAUUCCGGUGCCAAAUAUGGAUGAAGAAAUACCAGUUCAGAGACGUUCAAGAAGAGAAGGGAGGACUGUCACUAAUCUUCACCAUUACCGGGCAGAGAUUUUUUAUGUUGCUAUUGACAAAAUAUGUGUGGAGAUGGAUCAUCGGUUUUGUGAAGGAAGUAACGUUGUGCUGGAUUGCUUCUCAUGUCUUGACCCCAAGAACUCUUUUUUCAAGUUUGAUGUUGAUAAGCUUGCUCGUCUUGCUAAUAUUUAUCAUGCAGACUUUUCUGAUGAUGACCGUUUCACCGUAUUACACCGUGGAACAAUAAGGGAGCAACUUGAGACUUAUGUACAUCAAGUGAAAAGACAUGCUUCUUUUACUUCUUGUGAAGAUGUUCAAAGGUUGGCUAUGAAGAUGGUUCAAACUGAGAAAUAUUUGGUAUUUCUAUUGGAUUACAAGCUCAUUGAGUUGGCUUUGAUAUUGCCAGUGUCGACAGCAUCCGUUGAAAGAGCUUUUUCAGCAAUGAAGAUUAUCAAGUCUAAUUUGCGCAACAAGAUCAACGAUGUGUGGUUCAAUGACUUGAUGAUAUGUUACACCGAGCGGGAGAUAUUCAAGUCACUUAAAGAUGUUGAUAUUAUUCGAACAUUCACCGCAAAGAAGUCUCGGAGAGGG